CAAGACUGGUUAACCUAAUUACUUGUCAAUUCAUGCCCCUUAUAUUUUGUAUUCAUAUGCAAAGCUUAAAGUCCCCCCAACAACUAUGACCUUGCCUUCACUAUUGCAACAUUCAAGAUGCAGAGCACUGCACUUACUCUUUCUCCUUUAACUCCAUUGCUGAGACCUUUAAAUAAGAACCCAAACCACAGAUAUGGUUCACUCUGGAACUUGUCUUCAUUAAAGCCAUUAGUUCUCCUCAGAUCCAUCAAUGGACUUUCAUUUCAAAAAGCUUCUCAUCUUUCUUCUUGUUCCCGCUUCAAUGCUCGUCGAAUCAACGAGCCAUUCCUCAUUUCAGAUGGAAGAUGUGAUGGCUUCAAGGUCAGGGCUACACCGGUUCCUGGAAACGUAGGCGACACAAAUGACUCUAGUGGUUUAGCUACGAGCAUGCAACUUGGAGCCAUGUUUGCCAUUUGGUAUAUUUUGAAUAUCUACUUCAACAUUUUCAACAAGCAGGUUUUAAAGGUGUAUACGUUUCCAGCAACAGUUACAGCUUUCCACUUUGGGUGUGGGACUUUGAUGAUCCUUAUAAUGUGGGCUUCAAAUAUUUACCAUCGACCAAAGCUUACUCGUUCUCAGCUUGCAGUAAUCAUUCCAUUGGCUAUAGUUCACACUCUUGGCAACCUUUUGACAAAUGUUAGUAUUGGGAGAGUUAAUGUCUCCUUCACUCACACCAUUAAAGCAAUGGAGCCCUUUUUCACAGUCUUAUUCUCUGUUCUUUUUCUUGGAGAGUGGCCUACAUUUUGGAUAGUGUUCUCCCUCAUACCAGUUGUUGGUGGAGUGGCAUUAGCAUCCUUCACUGAGUCAUCUUUUAAUUGGAUUGGUUUCUGCAGUGCAAUGGCUUCCAAUGUGACUAACCAAUCGCGUAAUGUUCUCAGUAAAAAAUUCAUGGUUAAAAAUGAGGAGACAUUGGACAAUAUCAAUCUUUUCUCAAUAAUAACCAUAAUUUCGUUUAUGCUAUUGGUUCCUGCUGCCAUUUUAUUGGAAGGGGUCAAGUUCAGUCCUUCAUACCUGCAAUCUGCUGCAAACCAAGGUUUGAAUAUUAGAGAGCUAUGCAUAAGAUCUCUUCUGGCUGGAUUCUGUUUACACAGUUAUCAACAGGUGUCGUACAUGAUAUUGCAAAUGGUGUCACCAGUGACACAUUCAGUGGGGAACUGUGUGAAGAGAGUUGUGGUCAUAAUUGCAUCAGUUAUCUUCUUCCAAACGCCUGUUUCACCCAUUAACUCCCUAGGCACUACACUGGCUCUUACUGGAGUCUUCUUGUACUCGAAAGCAAAACAGCUGAAGCCAAAGCCCAAGGGUGGUGAAACUCUUAAGGUUGCAGAAUAGAACAUGUAGAAGAUACAACUGAAUAAUGUGUUUCCAUAGAUGAAGAAGAUUGAUCUACCAAUACAUCUUUUCUUUAAAUGUAAAAAUAUUACUUCACGCAUUAAACAGAAUUAGACAAGGACAAAAAAUAAGCAUCCUUGAAUAGUUCA